AUGGUUCUGUCGAAACAGACCACUGAAGAAAGGCUCUGCUCGCGAUGUGAAUCCCUAGACCUCGACAAUAUUCCGUCCGGUCGUUGGACCAAUGUCGAAUGCCGGGAGCCAGUAGCCUUCUUUGGCAAGCGAAGUGCUGUUCUUCAUGACGAAGGCUGUCCCCUCUGCCAAGCGCCGUUUUACAUUGCGGCCGGCGAACAUAACACUUGGUCUUCCAGAAGAGAAGAUAAAUUCUGCAUGUUCACUAUCCCAAGCCAACUCGCCUAUAGAGGAGCGAAACUAGAGUUCACAUCUGAUGGGGAGAUGGGUGAUCGAGUUCUGGGACGAGCGAAAGAUCAAAGAGAUUCGACAUGGCUAAUCGUUUGCAAUCAAACCAGAUCUAUUGACCAACCUCUCUGGUACAAUAUAAUACCAACGUCAGCUCAUAACUUUGGUUGUUUGGCUGAAUUUUCUGACACUUUUAACGGAGUCGGUCAGCGACGAUGGCUUGCGCAUUGCGCGGGCGUGCAUGGAGAGCUUUGCAAUCCUGGUGAAGGGAAGCGCCCUUUGCCCAAAGGCCUAGCUGUUAUCAAUUGUACGACUCGGAAGCUAGAGCCUUUACCAACCGGUGUAAAGUUCGCUGCUCUGUCAUAUUCAUAUUCCUCCAGCUAUCUUUUCCCACAAACCAUUGAGGAUGCAAUCACUGUAGCGCUACAAGUUGGUAUCAAUUUUCUCUGGGUAGACAGGUACUGCUUGCCACAGCAGGAGUGCCCCGAGAAGCGCGAGCAGAUUCAGAAGAUGCACAAGAUCUACCGUGAGGCAGACUUAACUAUCAUCGCUGCAGCAGGCGACGGGCCAGACUAUGGUCUUCCAGGCAUAAGCACACCAAGAGUCAGCGCCCCUUCAGUAGACUUACGCCUUGGAGCUCACCGCUUAGUCUCCACAGGCCGGAGUGCACAAGAAGCUGUCCGAAACACGAGAUGGGCGUCUCGAGCUUGGACAUUUCAAGAGGGCCUUGUUUCAAGAAGGAAGCUCGUCUUCACUGUAUGGAGCGUGACUCAGGCAGAUAGUCCUGAGCUAUGCAAUCCUUUUCAGUGCAGAGUAUUACAUCUUAUCCCGGACAAUGUCGGGGAGAAAGGUACGCCUUUCCGGAUUCUUUUCGUCACCUUUGGGGUCAGCCGAUCCUAUACAAUAAUGAUAAUUCAAUCGGGGAUGUCGUGGUUUGCCCUCAAUUGGGGUAUAAUAGGCCCGGCACAGGGACGACCAGAUUUCCUGAGUUGGUCGUGGAUUGGCUGGAAGGGCAAGGCAUAUUCGACAAUCAACAGAUCUCACAAAGAAAAUGUAAACGCCUCUCUGCUACUAGACGACGGCACUGCCAUCGAAGACGCCAACGCCUUAAGGGAUCUGAAUAUCUUCCAAAAAAUAUCACCAAUGUUAAGCAAAUACAUACUCAUCGAGGCCCAGACUGUUCACGUAAGAAUACGGCGGAAGGAAGGGGCUCAUUGGAAUCUUCGAAACAUGUGGAAACUCUCCUUUGUGAAAAAUGGCACCGAAAGAUAUGGAAUCACUUACGCAGAUGGCUUUUCCAUAACACAGGAGUUCGAAGCGGGUGAUAGCAUAUACAGAGAUUUGGAAGCGGGGCAUACUUGGCUCGGAAUAGCAUUUCUGCGCUCUGACAUGGUCUUGGUCUUGAAGGAUAUGGGAGACCAUUAUGAAAGGUUUGGAUAUAUCGAUGUUGACUUUUCCGUACCAGAUCUGGAACUGGUGGAUUAUCUUCUGGGGCACAGGCUUAUUCGUUUAGGGUGA